AUGCGGCGCUCGUUCGUCGUGGCACCAGUAGUCGCAACUGCGUGUUCGUUAAGCACACCCAUACGAACCAUCAUCGCUUGUAAAGGUAUUGUGGAGAAUCGGAUCACGAAACACUAUUCGAACCGCACCGUAGAGGAGGCUAAGGCGGCACGCGAAGCACAGAUAGCAAAGGCGAAACACCCAAACCCACGCAACCGUAAGGAGGAGCUCAGUCAUUUAACGCAUCACUGUAGUUAUGAGUAUGUACCAGAGUUUCAACGCUGGGCAAAUGACAUGCUUGCGGUUUACAGUGAUCCGCACGGGUAUGGUCACGACAUGGCGUACCAUUACCAUCGAAUCUGGAAGGCAAAGAGUCCGACACGGAGGGGCAUUGAAGACGGUAGUGGUGCAUUCGAUGUGUGCAAAAUACAUCCGAAGUAG